AUGGAGGUCGAGCAAGCUCACAUGCCUUCCGGUUUCGACCUGGUCUCCGGCGACAUUCCCCCAUUUUCGCUUCCCGAUGUGUACGGAUCCUCGGAGGAGAAGUCGCCGAAGCCACGGAAAGUGACUGGUGAAAUGCCCGACAACGGCGGUGGGCGCGGGACCGCGCCUGCUCCGUCGAUUUCCUCCGCCGCUCUUGACAUAUGCCCGUCCGCUGCGGCGAUGAAGCUUCAGAAGGUUUAUCGGAGCUAUCGUACCCGCCGCAUGUUAGCCGACUCCGCCGUGGUGGCUGAAGAACUGUGGUGGCAAGCGCUGGAUUUUGCACGACUAAAUCACAGUACGAUCUCUUUUUUCAACUUCUUGAAGCCGGAGACGGCUGCAUCCCGAUGGAACCGUGUUACAUUGAAUGCUUCGAAGGUGGGCAAGGGUCUGUCUAAAGAUGCCAAAGCACAAAAGUUAGCCUUCCAGCACUGGAUUGAAGCUAUCGAUCCAAGGCACCGUUAUGGGCACAGCUUACAUAUUUAUUAUGAGGAGUGGUGUAAAACUAGCGCUGGUCAGCCUUUCUUCUAUUGGUUGGAUGUUGGAGAUGGCAAAGAGGUGGAACUAAAAGAGUGCCCAAGAUCAAAGCUUCGUAAACAAUGCAUUAAGUAUCUUGGACCAAAAGAGAGAGAACAUUAUGAAUACUACGUCGUUGAUGGGAAAAUUCUGAACAUAUUAACUGGGGAACCUCUAGAUACGGACAGAGGAGUACCGGGAUCAAAAUGGAUUUUUGUGAUGAGCACCUCUCAAAAACUCUACUCCGGGGAGAAAAAGAAAGGUUUGUUCCACCAUUCAAGCUUUCUUGCUGGAGGAGCUACUUUAGCUGCUGGAAGGCUAGUUGUAGAGGAUGGAGUGCUUAAGUGUAUCUCGGCUUACAGCGGACACUAUAAGCCGACUGACGAUCGCCUGGACACGUUUUUAUUAUUUCUCAAGGAAAAUGGAGUCAACCUGGAUGAAGUUGAGAUAUGUAAGUCAAACGACGAUUAUGAGAGCAACAAGAGCGGCAGAUUGUCGAUGGAUGCCGCGGUUAUACCUGAAGUUACGUUGAGCUCGGAGUCUGACCUCCUACAGGAAGAGGGCCCGACACUGGACGCAAUCGAGCAAGCUUCCAACCCUCAAAAUAAGACUGAGUACAAGAGGACUUUGUCGGGUGGCCUUCAAAGCCCCAAGGCUGAAGUGCCCAAGACUGCCAUACUGCAACGGAUUAAUUCCAAGAGGGCCGCCAGGUCGUACCAGCUGGGCCAUCAGCUCUCGGCCCCGUGGUCCACGGGUGCCGGCCCAAGAAUUGGCUGUGUGGCAGAUUAUCCAGUGGAGCUGAGGUUGCAGGCCUUGGAGAUCACGAACCUGUCCCCAAGGACGGGCGGCAGCCCGCCUCUGUUCACUCCCAGAGGGACUGCGGCUCUUGUUUCGCCGUAUAAGGAUGAUGUGGAAAUAGUUUGA